AUGUCGACCGAUUUAAAUGCUAAUUUUAAUGAGCAGUACAUGCAAAUAAAUUCAAAAUUGAAAAAGCGUUUUAUGCGUAAACCGAAUAUCACAGAGGCAACAAAUGAGUUCAUAGCUCUCGCUAUCCAGUGUGAGCAUUCUGAGCAGCCCGCCUUUGCUGCGCAGGCCUAUGUGGGCGCCGCUAAGUGCGAAGCCGCUGCAGGAAACUACCUCGGCGAGGCAGAAUACUAUGUGACGGCAGGAAGGCACUAUAUGAAAGCAGAGAUAAAACUUGCAUCACUGAAGUUCUACAGCCCUGAUAGAGAAAAUUUGGAAGCUGGUAUCGGAUGCUUCAUGCUAGCUCUGGGAAAGUAUCCCCCUAAAUCACCAUUGCGAACAUCAAUAUUAAUUGAAUUAGCUAAUGAUCUUAUAGCCUUAAAUUAUAAGCUAGAAGCAGCUUCUUAUUAUGAGCAAGCAUUGGAGACAGUGACUGACCAGACAGUGAAAAACAUGUGUUUGAAGAAUUUACUCAAUUUACAAAUCGACUGUGAUAACAUGGAUGUAGCUUUGGAAACUGCUAAUUUGAUGUGUGAGAGCAACGUUAAUAUACCUGAAGACAUAUUAAUAGAGGUGCAGGUGAGCAGAAUAUUAUUGACAUUGUUAGUGGAUCCCCUCGAACAGAAUAAACCCGACUCUCUGAGGCACUUGUUUGCAGACUUAUUGAGUGAUAAUGGCUGUGAAUCCGCUCCAUUCAGUACUGAUCUGAAAUUAAAACUACAGUCAAUAAUUAUUUCAAGUUCUAGAGGAGAUGUUUCAUCUCUACUAAGGAUAUCAACAGACAUCAAGCAUCUUCUAACAAACCAACAGAUUGAUUUACUAGACAAAUUAAAUAAAGAAAUGAGACAGGUACAUUUGACUAUGUCAUAA